AUGUCAGGCCCAAAGAGGGGAAAGGACCUGUCCCAGUUCAACUAUGGCGCGAUCAGUAGUCUCGUCGUCAACCAGGACCGCUCGGUCAUUCGCAGCGACGAGCCUACUGGCCAGCCCGAGUCGCUGGUCGGUCGCAUCAAUGUCAAGGACAUGGGCUCGCGCGUGACGCGCGAGGCUCCCAAGGACAUUGAGAAGAAGAAGAAGAAGGCCGCGCGCUCGCAGGCUGAGGAAAUUGAGCGGCAAAUUCGGCGGCAGCAGGAGGUCUCGACUGCGCGGUUCGGUGCCGCCGACGUUCUGGCGUCUGUGGCUGAAAUGGAAGGCCUGCGGUACAAGCCGCGCACCGCCGAGACGAGCGAGGUGUACGAACUGAUCCUCGGGUUGGUGCACCGUCAGCUCGGCGACCAGACGCAGGAGGUCGUGCGCUCGGCGACAGACACCAUCCUCGAGACGCUCAAGGACGAUAACAUGAAGGAGUUCGACAAGCGCAAGGAGGUAGAGUCCGUGACCUCCGCGCUCGACGAGGACUCCUGGCAGCAGCUCGUCAACCUGAGCAAGAAGAUCUCGGAUUACGCUGAGGAGGACGAGCAGAGUGCAGAGGGCGAUGACCGCGAGCGCGCUGUCGACAACGAGGGCGUGGCUGUGCUUUUCGAGGACGACGACUCGGACGGCGACCAGGACUUUGAGAUCAAAGACCGCGCGUCAGACGACGAGGACGACGAUGAUGAGGACGAGGAAGUCAAGGAGCAGGAAGACGAGGGUGCGGAUGGGGAUGAGCCCAUGGACGACGACGACGACGACGACGCACUCGUGCUCGGACGAGAGAGCAGCAAGAAGAAGGGCAAAGCCGAUGACAAGUUGUCUCCUCACGACGUCGAUGGCUUCUGGCUUCAGCGCCAGAUCGGUGCAGCGUAUUCCGACCCUGUGCAAGCUGCCGACUUGACACAACAGGCCCUCGACCAGCUGAGCACCGAGUCGGACUUGCGUGAUCUUGAGAACAACCUCGCCGAGCUGUUCGGCUACGAGAACUUCGACCUCGUCGCCAAGCUGACGAAGAACCGCGACGUCAUCGUUUGGUGCACCAAGCUCGCACGUUCGAGCGACGACGAGCGCCAGGACAUUGAGGUGGCGAUGCGCGAGAAGGGCGUCGCGUGGAUCCUGCGUGAGCUCCGUGGCGGUCGCAAAACCGAUGACGCUGCUUUGCAGCCGAUUGCCGUCCCCAACAAGGCGACUCUUGCCCCCGGCUCUGUCGCACAGCCUCAGCGCGUCAUUGACAUCGACUCGCUCAUCUUCUCGGAGGGCGGCCACCUCAUGUCCCGCAAGAAGGUUAAGCUUCCGCACGGCUCGUUCAAGCGUCAGUUCAAGGGCUACGAGGAGAUCCACGUGCCCGAGCCGAAGCGGCGCGAGGUUGUCGCCGGUGAGCUCGUGUCCGUUAACGCCAUGCCGAACUGGACGCAGCCGGUGUGGGAGAGUGUCAACGCCACCAAGCUCAACACCAUUCAGAGCAAGGUGUUCCCGAUUGCUUUCGAGACCGACGAGGCCAUGCUCAUCUGUGCUCCGACGGGUGCCGGUAAGACCAACUGCGCUGCGCUCGCCAUGUUGCGCACGAUCCACAAUGCGCGUGACCCCGAGACCGGCGUCAUCAACCGCGACGCGUUCAAGAUCAUCUACGUGUCGCCCAUGAAGGCGCUGGUGCAGGAGCAGGUUACAGCGUUCAGCAAACGCUUCGCCGCCCUCGACAUCAAGGUCGCCGAGUUGACUGGUGACUCGCAGCUCACCAAGCAACAGAUUGCCGAGACCCAGAUCAUUGUCACGACCCCCGAGAAAUGGGACGUCAUCACGCGCAAGGCUACCGACGCAUCCUACACCAACCUCGUGCGCCUGAUUAUCGUUGACGAGAUCCAUCUGCUCCACGACGACCGUGGGCCUGUCCUCGAGUCUAUUCUCUCCCGUACGAUCCGCAAGAUGGACCAAACCCACGACGCAGUCCGUGUCGUCGGUCUGUCCGCCACGCUCCCGAACUACAAGGACGUGGCAGCCUUCCUCCGUGUCGACGUCAAGAAAGGCCUCUUCUACUUUGACGCCCCUUACCGCCCUGUCGGUCUCAAGCAGCAAUUCAUCGGCGUGACGGAGAAAAAGGCCAUCAAGCGUUUGCAGACCAUCAACGAGGUGUGCUACGAGAAGGUGCUUAACCAGGCUGGCAAGUCGCAGACGCUCGUCUUUGUCCACUCGCGCAAGGAGACGGCCAAGACGGCCAAGUUCCUCCGCGAUAUGGCCAUGGAGAAGGAAACGCUCUCGCAGUUCAUCAACCCCGAGGGAGCGUCGCGCGAAGUGCUCAUCCAUGAGGCCAACGAGGCCAGGGACCUCAACCUCAAAGACAUUUUGCCUUUCGGCUUCGGCAUUCAUCACGCUGGUAUGACCCGCGAGGACCGUACCACCGUCGAGGACCUCUUCAUGGACGGCCACAUCCAGGUGCUCGUGUGUACCGCCACGCUCGCGUGGGGUGUCAACCUUCCGGCGCACACUGUCAUCAUCAAGGGCACUCAGGUAUACAACCCCGAGAAGGGCCGCUGGUCCGAGCUGUCUCCGCAGGAUGUACUGCAGAUGCUUGGUCGUGCCGGUCGCCCCCAGUUCGACACCUACGGCGAGGGCAUCAUCAUCACCAACCAUGGCGAACUGCAGUACUACACGUCGCUCAUGAACCAGCAGCUGCCGAUCGAGUCGCAGUUCGUCUCGCGCAUGGUCGACAACCUCAACGCCGAGAUUGUACUCGGUUCUGUGCGCAACCGCGACGAGGGUGUUCAGUGGCUCGGUUACACUUAUCUCUACGUGCGCAUGCUUGGCUCGCCUGCUCUGUACAACGUCGGCGCCGACUAUCUUGAGGGCGACGACGCACUUGUCCAGAAGCGCGCGGAUCUCAUUCACUCGGCGGCUGUCCUUCUUGAGAAGGGUGGUCUUAUCAAUUAUAACCGCGCGACCGGCGUGUUCCAGAGCACCGACCUUGGCCGCAUCGCCUCGCAUUACUAUGUUGCUUAUACCUCGAUGGCCACGUACAACAAACACUUGAAAGCCAACCUUGGCCUCAUCGACUUGUUCCGCGUGUUCGCGCUGUCAAACGAGUUCAAGCUCAUCCCGGUACGCCAGGAGGAGAAGCUCGAGCUCGCCAAGCUCAUCGAGCGUGUGCCCAUCCCAGUCAAGGAGAGCGUUGAUGAGCCGGUCGCCAAGAUCAAUGUCCUCCUCCAGGCGUAUAUCUCCAACCUGAAACUCACAGGUUUUGAUGUUGUCACGGACAUGGUUUUCGUCCAGCAGAGCGCUGGCCGUAUCAUCCGCGCUAUGUUCGAGAUCUGCCUGAAGAAGGGCUGGGCACAGCCAACACACCUGCUCCUCGACAUGUGCAAGAUGGUCGAGCGGAGGAUGUGGAAAUCGAUGACUCCUCUGCGACAGUUCCCGCGCAUUCGCCCUGAGAUCGUGCAGAAGGUCGAGCGCAAGGAGUUCCCAUGGUACCGCUACUUCGACCUCGACGCAGCAGAGCUUGGCGAGCUGGUCGGCAUGCCCAAGAGUGGUCAGCUGAUCAAGUCUUAUGUCGACAAGUUCCCUCGCCUCGACCUCCAGGCUCACGUGCUGCCCCUGACCCGGUCGCUGCUCAAGAUUAACGUCACCAUCACCCCCGAUUUCCAGUGGGACCACGACAUCCACGGCCACACGCAGCUCUUUUGGCUGCUGGUCGAGGACGUUGAUGGUGAGCGCAUCCUCUUCCACGACUCGUUUGUGCUGCGCGAGCGCUUCGCCGAGGACGAGCACUACGUGACUAUCACCGUGCCCAUCUCGGACCCCGUCCCGCCAAACUACUACAUUUCGGUCAUCUCAGACCGGUGGUUGCAGGCAGAGACGCGUCUACCCGUCUCGUUCGCUCAUCUCAUCCGGCCCGAGCCCUUCCCACCACACACUCCGCUUCUGGACCUCCAGCCGCUUCCUGUGUCCAAGCUCAACAACCGGACAUUCGAGUCGUUGUACCCGUUCGACGAGUUCAACAAGAUCCAGACACAGGUCUUCCCUGCGCUGUUCACGACCGACGACAACGUGCUCAUUGGCGCACCAACAGGCUCGGGCAAGACGAUCUGCGCGGAGUUCGCGCUCAUGCGGCUGUGGAUGAAGAAGGAUCCUCCGCGCGCUGUGUGCAUCCUGCCGUAUCAGGAGAUGGUGGACAUGCGUGUGGCAGAGUGGAAGGCCAAGUUUAACGGGCUUGAGAAGGAGGUCGUUGCCCUGACGGGCGAGUCCACCGCCGACCUUGCCCUUCUUCGCAAGGCUGACGUCGUCGUGUGCACGCCUUCGCAGUGGGAUGUGCUCUCGCGCCGCUGGAAGACGCGCAAGGACGUCCAGUCGAUCGGCCUGCUCAUCGCGGACGAUCUUCAUCUCAUCGGCGGUGACGUUGGGUCCACAUAUGAGGUCAUCGUCUCGCGCACUCGCUACGUGACGCAGCAGACCGAGAAUGCCACACGUAUCGUCGGACUCGCCGUCUCGCUUUCGAACGCUCGUGACCUCGGAGACUGGAUGGGCGUGUCGAACCAGAAUGUGUUCAACUUCUCUCCUUCGGCCCGUCCCCUGCCACUUGAAGUGCACAUCCAGAGCUUCAACGUGCCGCACUUCCCAUCGCUCAUGCUGGCCAUGGCCAAGCCCGCGUACCUCGCCAUGGUCGAGAACGCCAAGGGUCGGCCAACGAUUUGCUUCGUCGCGUCAAGGAAACAGACCAAGCUCACGGCCAACGACAUUCUCACAUAUGUGCUCGCAGAUGAGGACGAGGAGCGAUUCCUCAACGUCGACCGCGUGGACCUCGAGCCGCACCUGGAGCGUCUGGACGACGAGGAUCUGAAGGAGACGCUGCGGUAUGGUAUUGGCUUCUACCACGAGGCGCUGUCCAAGCGUGACCAGAAGAUUGUCACUGCGCUCUUCGAGUCGGGGGCGAUCAAGGUUCUCGUCGCAUCCAAGGACACGGCCUGGUCGUUCCCAGUUGCCAGCUACAUGGUCAUCAUCAUGGGCGUGCAAUACUUUGACGGCCAGGAGCACCGCUAUGUCGACUACGCGAUUGCCGACGUCCUCCAGAUGAUGGGCAGAGCGUGCCGGCCAAGCAUCGACUCGUCGUCGCGCUGCGUUCUCAUGUGCCAGCAGACUCGCAAGGACUUCUUCAAGAAGUUCAUCACAGAGGCCCUACCGGCCGAGUCGAGUCUGCCGACGUUCUUGCAUGACCACUUCAACGCCGAGGUCGUCGCGCGCACCAUCGAGAACAAGCAGGAGGCCGUCGACUGGUGCACGUGGACGUGGUUCUACCGCCGCCUGUCGCACAACCCAGGCUUCUACAACUUGCAGGGCACGACGCCGACGCACGUUGCUGAAUACCUUUCCGAGCUGGUCGAGAGCACAGUCAGCGACCUCGAGCAAAGCGAGUGCAUCAUUGUGCAGGAUGACAUGGACCUCUUGCCGAACAACCUUGGCAUGAUCGCGUCGUUCUACUACAUCUCGUACGUCACGGUCGAGACGUUCUCGGCGUCGAUCAAGGAGACGACAAAGCUCAAGGGUCUGCUCGAGAUUGUCUCGUCGGCACACGAGUUUGAGAGCAUUCCCAUCCGGCACCACGAGGACUCGUUACUCGAGCGCAUCUACGACCGUGUGCCCGUCAAGGUUGCCAAGCCCGACUUCCACUCGCCAUACUUCAAGGCGUACCUGCUGCUCCAGGCGCACUUCAGUCGGAUGCACCUUCCUGCCGACCUUACGAUUGAUCAGGCGUCGAUUCUCGGCAAGGUCACCGGUUUGCUGAGCGCUUGCGUCGACGUCAUGUCAUCCAAGUCGUUCCUCAACUGCCUGGGAGCCAUGGACCUGUCGCAGAUGUGUGUGCAGGGCAUCUGGGACCGCGACUCUCCUCUCAAGCAGGUGCCGUACUUUGACGCGGACGUACUUGCGCGCUUCAAGAAGGCGGACCACGACUCGGUGUACGACAUUAUGGAGCUUGAGGACGACGAGCGCAACGAGCUACUGCAGAUGGACGACCGCAAGCUUGCACGUGUCGCCAAGUUUGUCAACGCGUACCCGAAUAUCGAAGUGUCGUACGAGGUUGAGGACCAGGAUGAGCUGGACAGCUCGACGCCCAUUACGCUAGCUGUCACGCUGGACCGCGAGGCGGACGAGGAGAACCCCGACGACAUGCUCGCGGACGCGCCACACUUCCCGCACCGCAAGAUGGUGCAGUGGUGGCUGGUUGUUGGCGACCACAAGACUAAGUCGCUGUACGCGAUCAAGAAGGUCACUGUCAAGGCACGCCUCGAGGCCAAGCUCGAGUUCAACUUGCCUGCAGGCGAACACGACCUCAAGCUGUACCUCAUCUGUGACUCGUACGCGGGUGCCGACCAAGACUUUGAUCUCGAGACGCUCAAGGUUGUCGAGGGUGACAGCGACGAUGACGACGACAGCGACGACGCGAUGGACGAGGACUGA